GAUUUUGAAAAUGAAUUUUUUUUCGAAUAUUAUAAAUUCGAAAAAUAAUUCUUUGCCGCUGAAAAUAUCUGAUAUUUUGAUUUUUUUAAUUUUGUUUUUUAGUUACAGUUUGAGACUAAAGAAUGAUCUGAAAUAGGCGGAUUGAAAAAUCUCAAAAUGAUUUAUAAAAUACCGAACAUCGGAUUUUUAUGUAAAUAUCCCAGAAAAUAUUCUACCCAGAUAACUCCGAAACCAUUUCACGAAAUACCAGGACCAAAAUGUCUGCCGAUUGUUGGAACUUUAUGGAAAUAUCUACCAUUGAUAGGAAAGUACAAAUUUGACAGGCUUCAUUGGAAUGGCUUCCUAAAACUAAAAGAAUUUGGUCCGCUGGUACGUGAAGAAAUGAUUCCAGGAUUGCCUGUGGUAUGGGUAUUUAAACCUGAAGAUAUCGAAAUGGUGUAUCGAUGUGAAGGUCGUUACCCAGAACGUAGAAGUCAUUUGGCUCUUCAAAAGUAUCGAUUAGAUAGACCAGAAGUGUAUAAUUCUGGAGGACUUCUUCCAACUAAUGGACCAGAAUGGUGGCGACUUCGCAGAAUUUUUCAAAAAGAUCUGAAUAAAAUUCAAAACGUACGAUCGUAUUUGUCAAAAUCCGACUAUGUUAUUAAAGAUUUUAUGGAAUGUAGAAUAUCAAAAUACCAAAAUGAUUUCUUACCGGAACUAGAUAGAUUAUACUUGGAACUUACUGGCCUAGUUGCAUUUGAUGAGCUUCUGGGAUGCUUUAGCGGUAAAGAAAUCGAACCCGGUUCGAAGAUGUCCGAGUUGAUCGAUGCGGUGGCUGUGAUUAAUGGCAGUCUUUUGAAAACCGAUAAUGGGCCUCAGCUGUGGAGAAAAUUCGACACACCUUUGUACAAGAAAUUCUGCAAAGCUCAUUUGUAUCUAGAAGAAAUCGCUAAAGACUUCGUUUAUAAAAAAGUGCUUCAGUUAGAGGAGAAUCCCAGUGCUGCUCAACGCUCGUUAUUAAAGCAAUAUUUGCUUAAUGAAGAACUCGAUAUUAAAGACGUCAUUGGCAUGGCUGCUGAUCUGCUUCUAGGAGGAAUCCACACAAUGUCGUAUACAAGUGCAUUUGGUUUAUACCAUUUAUCCAGAAAUAUACCCGAGCAAGAGAUAAUGUUCGAAGAAUUGAAUUCGUUGAUGACCCGGAAUGAUUCGAUUACCGAAACAAUGCUCAAUCAAGCAACGUAUACGAGAGCAGUGAUUAAAGAGAUUUUUAGACUUAGUCCAAUAUCAGUCGGCGUUGGUAGGAUUUUAGCUAAAGAUGCUGUCUUAUCUGAAUACUUCGUACCCUCCGGAACGAUUGUUGUGACUCAGAAUCAGAUCACAUGCCGAUUACCAGAGUACUUCCAAAAUCCUGAAGAAUUUAAACCAGAAAGAUGGAUCAGGGGAAAUCAUCUUUAUAAAAAUAUCCAUCCCUAUUUGGUUCUACCUUUUGGACACGGACCUAGAACGUGUAUAGCUAGGAGAUUAGCUGAGCAGAAUUUUCAAUUAUUUUUAAUGAACAUUAUCAGACGUUAUAAAUUAGAAUGGAAAGGAGACGAUGUCCUGGAUUCGAUAUCAAUUCAAAUCAACAAACCGGAUAAAAUGGUUCAGAUUGAAUUUAUGGAACGUUGAACGUUACUAGAGUUACAAAUAAUUAUUGUGAAUCUCAAUUUUUAAUUUUAUUAUUCCAAUUUAACAUCGUGUGAUAUUUUA